AUGUCCCUCGGAAAAUUAUAUACCUACCCAAAGGCCCCUCGGUCCACCAUGGUGGUGUUUGUCGUCAAGUACCUCAAGCUCGACGUGGAAAUCUGCAACGCCUUUCCGAUCAAAGUCUAUCCAGAGAAAGGGGGCGUCGGAGAGGAGUAUCUCGCCAAAUUCCACACUGGAAAAGUCCCGGCAUUCGAGACUGCAGACGGUUUCUGUGUCUACGAGAGUAACGCCGUCGCGUGGUUUCUCUCUCACCAGGACCCGAAGAGCACACUCCAUGGUUCCAACCUACGAGAGGAGACGACUAUUCUUCGCUGGGCUUCGUUUACCAACUACGAACUCCUUCCGCCAAUUAUGGCCUGGAUCCAACCCAUCAUUGGCAGAGCACCAUCCAGCCCCGAGAUCCUAGAGAAAGCCGAAGAGGGCUGCGAGCUCACAGUCCACGCCGUCGAGAAAGAGAUCAAGGGGAAGCAGUACCUGGUCGGCGACACCCUGACCUUGGCUGAUUUGUUUGUUGUCUCGGGGUUGGCGAGGGGGUACCAAUAUGUCUUCACGAAGUCGUGGGCAGAAAGGCAUCCCAUAGUCCAUGACUACUACAUGCGCAUCCGCAACGACCCAGAUGGCAUCUUCGACAGCAUCCUGGGUCCUAAUGUCAUUAAGGACGUGGCCAGCGGUACAUACCCUGACUACGAUGGGCUGUAG